UGGUGUCGUUGAUCAUCUAUUUAUCGAGACCAUUCAUAGCAAUAUACCCACCACCUUUUAUUCCCGACAAAACAAUUCUACAACGAAAAUGCGUUUCUCUCUUACAGUCAUCUUUGCGUGCGCGGCCUUGGCUGUUGCUCAAACUCAAAUUCCAGAUUCCGAGGGCCCUGCAAAUGUUGGAAAGGGUAACGGCAAACAAUUCAUUACUGGUCGCUGUGCCUCAAACGCGGAUUGCAACAGCAAGUGCUGUGCAGAUGUGAGCGAAUCGUUGGGCCUCUGUAGCGCAGAGUCCCAAGCAGAAGUUGGGAAAAAGAAGGGUUGCGGAUUUAAGGCGAAGGAUUCUGACGUCGAGGCGGCAACCAAGGGCCAAAAUAACAGGCGUGGAUUCAUCAAGGUUGUAAGAAAGGAUGUUCAUCAAGAGCAGGAUGAAUGA